ACCAACUGGUGGUUAUGGCUUGAAACUCUCUUAAGCAAUGAAACACAAACAACCACCUUAACCAUUGAUUAUCUUGUUGAAGAACUUUCUAGCUUGUUUUGCAGACAUUGUUUAGAUAAAUGUUUUUUUUCUCUUUGUUUUACACGUGAAAAACUUAGAACGAUAUGACAGACAUAUAUUCUUAAACAUUUCAGUUUCUUGUUGAAAUAAAAUAUUAAUAGUAGUUGGUGUCCAUGUUUAAAAAACAACACUAUAACUGCUGGAUUCCAGUUAUUAUAUAUAAUACAAGCAAUUUAAUUGGGUUGGUGUUAUUGCACCAAUCAUAAGGAGGUUUCUUCUUUCUUAGAAUAAUUUCUCUUGGAAUUGGUUUCUUGUGUUUAUUGAGCUCUCUCUGUUCCCCGCCAAAGGAGCUCAUUUUGAGAGUUAUCAGCUGUUGGAAUUUGCUAGCUCAUCUACAUUUCGUGGGGCAAUCACCCGACUGUUUGCUGUUCCCUUGUGCGUCAUUCGAUUGAUGGAAGGACAUUGGGGGUGAUGCUCUCCAUCUGAGGUUGAGAGACAGAGAAAAAUUUGAUUGCUACCUAUUACCCAACUUCAAGAAGUCAGAAUAACAAUUUGCAAGCUUUGCUUACAGGGGACCAGAAACUUGCUUCUUAUUCUGAUCUGCCUUCCGAUCUUAGUAGCAUGAAAAGUUAUACGAACCACACUCCAGCUGCUGGGUCAUACUCGGACAUAUUGUAUGGGGGUUCCUUGUCUUCUCAAAAUGGUGCUGAAUUCUCAUCUAGUGGAGCUAGAAAUGAGAUAGUAUUCAUUCCACCUACAAGUGACACGAUGAAUUUACAAUCUGUUGGUGGGCAGUUGAAUACAGCAGCAGGUAACCUGGUUGGUGACUCUGUUAGUGGAGAUUCCCAGGCUGUUCCGCCAAGGAUGCACCUUGGCAUUCCAGACUGUGAGCAGAAUUUCCAGUCUCAAGGAUUACCGCUGAGGCUUGGCAUGCAGGUGCAAUUUGCAGUUUCUAUGCCUUCACUUCAGUAUCAGUAUCUAAACCAAAAUUUCCCUUCAUCUCUGAGUUCACAUCUGCUUGUGCCAGAGAAGUGGACUUUACCCUGUGAAGGUGAUGAAAGCAAUCAAAGCAAGGAGUUGAGAGAAUUUGAAGGAUUGCCUGGAUUUGCCGGAAGCAGCCAUAACCCUAUCAAAACAGAGUCUUCACACAAUCCUCAGUACAUAGUUGGCCUCAGAGAUAUGCAUGCUGAAAUGAAUAUGUAUGGAUUGUCUGGUUAUGCUAACACACUCUUGAACUCCAGAUACCUCAAGUCAGUGCAACACUUGCUCGAUGAGGUGGUUAAUGUAAAAAAGGCUUUGAAGCAGCCUCAAUCCAACAAAUGCUCCGAUGACUUCAAGGAGAGUGAUAGGAGGCCGAGUAGCUGUUCUAUGCUUCCCUCAUCAAAUGUGAAACCACCGGAUCCUGCUGAGUCUACUGCCGACUCCACUCCUGAGCUAUCGCCAGUAGAACGGCAGGACUUACUUGACAAAAAGACUAAGCUUCUGUCCAUGCUGGAAGAGGUAGACAGAAAAUACAAACAGUAUUACCAUCAAAUGCAAAUUGUGGUGUUAUAUUUUGACACGGUGGCUGGUCAUGGGGCAGCUAAAUCAUAUACAGCACUCGCCCUCCAAACAAUUUCUCGUCACUUUCGCUGUUUGCGCGAUGCAAUCAGUGGCCAAAUAGAAGUUAUCAUGAAAAGGCUUGGGGAGCAAGGUACUUCACCAAAUGGUCAGGGAGGUAUACCACGUCUCCGUUAUGUAGAUCAUCAGACCAGACAACAGAGGGCUCUCCAGCAGCUUGGUGUGAUGCGACAUGCUUGGAGGCCUCAAAGGGGGCUCCCUGAGAGCUCUGUUUCAGUCCUUCGAGCUUGGCUCUUUGAGCAUUUCCUUCAUCCCUACCCGAGUGAUUCAGAGAAAAUCAUGUUAGCAAGGCAGGCAGGCUUGACCAGAAGCCAGGUCGCGAACUGGUUUAUAAAUGCGCGGGUGCGUCUUUGGAAGCCCAUGGUCGAGGACAUGUACAAAGAAGAAUUUGGUGAUUCAGAGACAAACUCCAAAUCUUCUUUGGACGAAACAACCAAAGCCCAUGGAGAUAAAUCAGGCAAUCACUUGACAUCUGAGAAUAGGCUACGUGAGUUGUAUGAGAGUGUGACAUCUACAGCUGCUGAUAUUUCCCAGCCAGGGCAAGCCCAUGACAUAAAAUCUAGUCAUAUUCUUGAAUUAGAAAUGAAAGAACCUAUGGCGAAAACAGUCCUUGAGAAUGGUUCUCAGGGACCCAAUGUGGCAGAAUCUGAUAUUAUGAAAUUUCCACGGGACCGAAGGUUGAAUAUAGAUGAUGACCAUAACUUCUGUCCACAUGGGAAUAUUCCGUGUGGCCAAAAUGGUGAUGGAAAUCUUAUGUCUGCUGCUGCUACAUAUGAUGUAUCACACUUGAAUGGAUUUGCAGUAGGCAGCCAGAUGUCUCUUGCAUUGGGAUUGCAAAGUAACGACAGUGAUUCAUUUCCCACGUUUGAUGGGGCCCAUAUGAGAGGUAACACUAUAUCAGCUUCCUCGGUGGGGCAUAAUGAGGUGGAUUAUCACUGUAUGGAUACAGGAAAGCAACAAGACAGGAUUGCCAAUUCCCAUCGGUUACAUGAUUUUGUGGUUUAAGAGAAUCCUUCUAGCUUUACGAGGGAGUUUCAUCAAUCCUGCCAAGAGAAGGAUUGAUGGAGUUUUGGAUAACAUAAAGCAGAAGAAAACAAGCUCAGUGAUAUUGGUUUGCUAUUCAUUCAAGCCCCGUGCUCUUCUCUUGGUUUGAAUAGAAGAAACCCAACACCCUUACAGUCACAGACAUAGAUGUAACAUAAGGGCAUGGUGCCUGCUUGUAAUAUACGUACAGAUUACAGGGAUUGUAGAUAUAUCUGUGCAUCUACAAUAAGAUUUUUGUGAUCUUUUGUACUCUUAAGGAAUUUCUACAAGCUCUCCCUAAUUGUGACACUGAUGUAUCAUUUCAUUCCUAAUUCUGAAAUAAAUGUGAUUUGCGAAUUA